CUCCCUUGCUACCGGUUGAGCUACGCCACCCGUACCUAUAAAUACACUCUGUAUGUGAGAGCCGGUAUCUUUAGCGUUCCCGUCUCCAGCCAGGUUUCUUCACACCAAAGCCUAUUAUCGAAAUAUUAACCAAAACUCUUCUCACGAAACGGAUAAUUCCACAAAUCUCUGAAUCAUCUAACGCCUCCUGAUUGCGGGUGAAUUUCAAUCCCUCCAUUAUUGAAUCCGGCCUGAAUUUCAACGAUGGUGUUGGCGGAGUUAAGGGAGAGCGUUUCGCGUGCUCUCCAGCGGAUGAACAAUGCGACGGUAAUUGAUGAGAAGGUUCUCAACGAGUGCCUCAAUGAGAUCACUCGCGCUCUUCUCCAAUCCGAUGUUCAAUUCAAGCUUGUUCGCGAUUUGCAAACUAACAUCAAACGGAUCGUCAACCUUGAAGAACUGGCUGCUGGACACAACAGGCGUAAGAUAAUUCGAGAGGCUGUUUUUGAUGAGCUUUGCAACAUUUUGGAUCCUGGAAAGCCCUCAUUCACGCCCAAGAAAGGGAAGACUAGUGUUGUAAUGUUUGUAGGUUUGCAAGGUUCUGGGAAAACAACAUCUUGUACCAAGUAUGCCUACUACCACCAGAGGAAGGGCUGGAAACCGGCUUUAGUUUGUGCAGAUACAUUCAGAGCAGGUGCUUUUGAUCAACUAAAGCAAAAUGCAACAAAAGCUAAAAUACCUUUCUAUGGGAGCUACACAGAGUCUGACCCUGUAAAAAUAGCAGAGGAAGGUGUUGAAACAUUCAAGAAUGAAAAUUGUGAUCUCAUAAUUGUUGACACCAGUGGGCGCCACAAACAAGAAGCUGCUCUCUUUGAAGAGAUGCGUCAAGUCUAUGAAGCAACUAAACCAGAUCUUGUGGUAUUUGUUAUGGAUAGCAGUAUUGGUCAGGCUGCUUUUGAUCAAGCUCAAGCGUUCAAGCAAAGUGUUGCAGUUGGGGCUGUAAUAAUCACUAAAAUGGAUGGUCAUGCCAAGGGAGGUGGCGCCCUUAGCGCAGUUGCUGCUACAAAAAGCCCUGUGAUCUUUAUUGGUACCGGAGAACACAUGGACGAGUUUGAAGUUUUUGAUGCCAAGCCAUUUGUCAGCCAACUUCUGGGGAAGGGUGAUUGGUCUGGGCUCAUGGACAAAAUGAACGAGAUUGUUCCUAUGGAUCAACAAGCUGAACUUCUUCAGAAGCUCUCUGGGGGAAACUUUACCUUGAGGACUUUAUAUGAACAAUUCCAAAUUACACUUAAAAUGGGUCCUAUAGGAUUUCCUCAAAAAAUUUUGCCAAAAGAGGGGGAAAAGGAAAGCCAGUCGAAAAUCAAAACUUAUAUGACAAUGAUGGAUUCGAUGACCAAUGAAGAAAUGGACAGUACGAACCCAAAGAUAAUGACGGAAUCACGCAUAAUGCGGAUAGCAAGGGGGUCGGGUCGUAUGGUGCACGAAGUGAUGGAAUUGAUGGAAUGGUACAAGAAAAUGGCGAUGGCAUGGAAGAGCCAGAAGAAAAGACUUAAGGUUCCAAAGAAGGGAGAUAUGAGGGCCCUUUCACGAAACAUGAUGGGCUGCUUGCAGAACUUGAUGAAGCAAAUGGGUUUUGCCGAUAUGAUGGGUAUGUUUAGCAGUGGCGGGGAUUAAAAAAGCCAAGUUUAGGAUCGAUAAUGAUGAUAUAUAUACAUGUAGUCUCGCCUCUAGUUUCUACUACUUUACUCCAGACCAAGACUGUAAUGAGCACAAGAUUUUUCUUUACAUUAUAUAUUUAUAUAUAUUUUACCCACAUCAGACCAUUCUGGUUUGCAUUUUAAAGAAGGCUAA